ACAAGGCCUGCCCCUCUCUCCCAGGAUUUCCCAGGCAUAACGGAAGUGGGUGGGGCUCCUCCGAGCACCGCCCCCGCACGAUUGGCCAGCACGGCUGUCUCUCAGCGUUCUAGGGGGGAGGGGCUGGGCGAUACUUACAACUAGGGCUGCGGGCGCGGGCACCCAGUCGGGUGGGAGGCGCAGCAGCAAAAGUUCUGGGCACUGGUGCCGGUGGCUCGUGCCAUGGAGCCGAGCCCCGACGUGUCCCCUGGGCCUUCCCGCUCCUUCAAGGAGGAGUUGCUCUGCGCUGUCUGCUACGACCCCUUCCGCGAUGCCGUGACUCUGCGCUGCGGCCACAACUUCUGCCGCGGGUGCGUGAGCCGCUGCUGGGAGGUGCAGGUGUCGCCCACCUGCCCGGUGUGCAAGGACCGCGCCUCGCCGGCCGACCUGCGCACCAACCACACCCUCAACAAUCUGGUGGAGAAGCUGCUGCAGGAGGAGGCCGAGGGCGCGCGCUGGACCGGCUACCGCUUCCAGCGCGUCUGCCGCCUGCACCGUGGCCAGUUCAGCCUCUUCUGCCUCGAGGACAAGGAGCUGCUGUGCUGCUCCUGCCAGGCCGACCCCCGGCACCAGGGGCACCGCCUGCAGCCAGUGAAGGACACUGCCCACGACUUUCGGGCUAAGUGCAGGAACAUGGAGCACGCUCUGCGGGAGAAGGCCAAGGCCUUCUGGGCCAUGCGGCGCUCCUAUGAGGCCAUCGCCAAGCACAAUCAGGUGGAGGCCGCAUGGCUGGAAGGCCGGAUCCGGCAGGAGUUUGAUAAGCUUCGUGAGUUCUUGAGAGUGGAGGAGCAGGGCAUUCUGGAUGCCAUGACCGAGGAGACAAGGCAGAAGCAGCUUCUGGCCGAGGAGAAGAUGAAGCAGCUCACAGAGGAGACAGAGGCGCUGGCACAUGAGAUCGAGCGGCUGCAGAUGGAGAUGAAGGAGGAUGAUGUUACUUUUCUCAUGGGAAUUGGGAGUGUUGUCUUGCCCGGUACCCAGAGUGCUUUCAGGAAUGAUUUGAAACAUAAGGGCCGAAAACGCCGACUCUUCUGCACCAUGGAGCCCGAGCCAGUCCAGACUGGCAUGCUUAUUGAUGUCUGCAAGUACCUGGGCUCCCUGCAGUACCGAGUCUGGAAGAAGAUGCUUGGAUCUGUGGAAUCUGUGCCCUUUACCUUUGACCCCAAUACCGCAGCCGGCUGGCUCUCCGUGUCCGAGGACCUUACCAGUGUCACCAACCACGGCUACCGGGUGCAGGUGGAGAACCCGGAGCGCUUCUCCUCGGCGCCCUGCCUGCUGGGUGCCCGCGUCUUCUCUCGGGGCUCGCACGCCUGGGAGGUGGCCCUGGGGGGGCUGCAGAGCUGGCGGGUGGGGGUGGUGCGUGUGCGCCAAGACUCAGGCGCCGAAGGUCACUCACACAGCUGCUACCACGACACGCGCUCAGGCUUCUGGUAUGUGUGCCGCACGCAGGGUGUGGAGGGGGACCACUGCGUGACCUCGGACCCAGCCACGGCGCCCCUGGUCCUGGCCAUCCCACGCCGCCUGCGUGUGGAGCUGGAGUGUGAGGAGGGUGAGCUGUCUUUCUAUGAUGCGGAGCGCCACUGCCACCUGUACACCUUCCACGCCCGCUUUGGGGACGUGCGGCCCUACUUCUACUUGGGGGGUGCGCGGGGAGCCGGUCCCCCUGAGCCUUUGCGCAUCUGCCCUCUGCACAUCACCAUCAAGGAAGAACUGGAUGGCUGAGCUGGCCCGAGCCUGCUGGCGGCUGCCCAGGUCUUGUGCCACCGCACUGUUUUCUUUCUGUCCCCUUCCUAAUGCCACACUGCCUGGGUGCCACUGUACCCCACCUCCUUGCCAGGCUCUUCCUUUUGUGCCCUCUGGUCCUUUUCCUUGUCUCCAGGCCACGCCUCUCUCCAUGUUUGGUCCCUUCUCUGCCCACGGUCAGGAGCCAUUGGGUGGCAUCUCGCUGGCCAGGCUCUCCUGAGUCGUGGCACCUCCACAAUGUGAAUUUUCUGAAUCCUCAUUACAGGACUUCUGAGAAUAAUGUUUACUUCUAGAAUGGGCCAGUUUUAAACCAUCUCAUCCAGCUGUGGUAAAGCCAGUGGCUGAGGAGAGGACUGGAAAGGAGCGUUUGUUACUCAUGGUUCUGGGAGGAGGGGCCACAUAGGAAAGCCCCAGGGUAUGUCAGAAGGUGGAAGGAGGGAGCGGAACGUGUGUGCAAGGGACUUCACUGUGGUUUUCUCAGGAAGCAAUGGGCAAGGCAGAGUAAGCAGGGAAGACAGGUUUAGGGGUAGUUGGCUUGAGUAAUUCAGUGGCUCUCAGCAUAGGGGCUGCCUUCUUUGUCUGAUACCUCGCCCCGGGAUAAUCAGGACGGGAAUGUUGGUGUGGGGUGUGACAGCCCGGGAGAGCCACGAGAAGGAGGCAGCUGGUGCUAUUGCUCCGGAUUCGAUGGUUUCCAUAGGAAAGGCUGCUCUCAGCCGCCCGAUGCUUGCUGUCUCUAGGGACUGGGGGAUUGGCUAGCCUGGGGGGAGCAGUCUGUCCAGGUCAGCGAGGCCUGGAUGCCAGAGCAUCAGAGUACAGGAAACAAAGUUACUGCAGGGCCUCUGCGUGGCUGAAUCCCCUGUCUCCAUCAGAUCAGCUCCAAUUGAUCUAUUUAUACCUGCACGGUUUCCUCUGAAUGCAGGCUUCCAGAGCACCUUCAACACAACUUUUUUAAAAUUGUGGUUUGGCCUGUUCCCUUGCUGGGCCCCAGUUUCCCCACCUGGAAAUGAGAUAGGACUGGAUGAGGACGUCUUGCUGUAGUUGCUGUGGAGGAAAUUCCUCUGGUUAAUUCUCAUCAGCAUUUGCAAAAAGGAAAGAAUGAGGGCACCCUUUUCAGUUGGGAUGAAAGGAGCAGGUGGCGCCGUGGACGUGGCCCUAGACGCUGCGGGAGAGGGAAGAGAAGGCUGGGCCUUGCUGCCUUCUUGUCUCUGCUGACUUCAGCCUGCUCAUGCUCACUCUGCCACUUGUGAUUUCAUCCCGAAUUUCUUCCUCUGCCGUGCCUGCCACCCGCUUGUCUCUGCUGACUUCAGCCAGCUCAUGCUCACUCUGCCACUUGUGAUUUCAUCCCGAAUUUCUUCCUCUGCCAUGCCUGCCACCCUCUUGUCUCUGCUGACUUCAGCCUGCUCAUGCUCACUCUGCCACUUGUGAUUUCAUCCCGAAUUUCUUCCUCUGCCGUGCCUGCCACCCUCUUGUCUCUGCUGACUUCAGCCAGCUCAUGCUCGCUCUGCGGCUUGUGAUUGCAUCCCAAAUUUCUUCCUCCGCCAUGUCUGCAGACUUUCCUGGGCUUGUUUUUUCUCCUGCAUCUCUCAAGAGAGUUUUUAAUUGUCAACUCACCGUGUCCCAGGAAGUGGCAUCAUAAAAGGAUUUUUUUUUUUCCUAAAAGCAGUGUUAAAAUUGGGGUCACAUUCCUGACCAAGGACUCUGCAUCCCACCUCCUGCCCAUUCCAAUUCACAAACACUGACAUUUUAAAAAAUCAUGACUCACAUUUGUCAAUUGGUUAUCAAUGUGUUGUGUACACUGGUUACAUAAAACUUAGGGCUACAAGGAGGGCCCAGGUAGGAGCUGCCAGUGUGUGAAGGGGCUGGCUUGGGCAUGGUGAUAAUGUUGGAAAAAUCAGUGCAUGCACCUGGUUGGAGGAUGCUCAGCCUCAGAAAAGCUCCAAGCUCUUUUGGAGCCAAUGCAUCCGAGAGUGUGACUCUCUCUAAAGUAUUUAUCCCACCCAUCAAUAUAAUUUUGAUAUAAUAAACUUGACCUGAAAUUACUUCACUAGUUAUAUUAAACUUUUAAAAAUGUUUUUUUUAUUUUCACCUUACAUAUUGGAAGAGUUUUUGUUUUUAGACAGGAUAAUUUGAGCAGGCUAGGCCUCUUGAAAAAAACAAAAAUGAUAUUUAAGCUAAGACUCUUUUUCUUUCGGUAUUUCCUUUUCAGUGUUAUAAGCAACAUUCAACCAUGUUGUAGCAUGUGUUCAACUUUAUUUUUUUGUCGGCUAAUAUUCCAUUGUAUGGGAUGACAGUACUGCAUUUUAUUUAUCAUGCAUCGAUGGGCGGCCAUUUGGGUUGUUUCUACUUCUUGACUAUUACACAUAAUGCUGCUAGAAACAUUUAUGUACGAGUUUUUGCGUGGAUGUAUGCUUUCAUUUCUCUUUGGUAUAUGUCUCGGAACAGAUUUGCUGGAUCACGUGGAAACUGUGUAACCCUUGAGGGACUCCCAAGCUGUUUUCUAAUGUGACAACACAAUUUUUUAUCCAACAGGGUAUGAGGGUUCUGAUUAUUCCACAUCCUUCAAUGCUUUUUAUUAUCCGUCUUUUAACUUAGCCCUCCUAGCAGGGGUGAUGUGUUACCUCAUUGUGAUUUUGGUUUGUAUUUCCCUGAUGGCGAAUGAUACGAGCAUCUUUUCAUGCGCUUCUUGGCCAUUUGUAUAUCUUCUUAAGACAACAAUGUUUAAAUCACUUGAUCAUUUUUUAAUCAAGUUAUUUGCCUUUUUAUUAUUGAGUUGUAAGAAUCCUUUUAUAGCCGAGCACAAGUCCCUUUAUCAGGUAUAUGAUUAUAAAAUUUUCUCUGUGAGCUGUUUCAUUUCCUUGAUGAUGUCCUUUGAAAUACUAAAGCUUUCAAUUUUGAUGA